GUUCCUGCCCUUCACACGAGAUCACCAAACUCAUUAACUGAAAUUUCAUUUCGCUGUUGUCUCGCUCACUCUCCACCUCUGAAUUCUUUUGCUGCUCCUCUUCAUGGCCAAGCCGGUGUCCAUCGAAGUUUGGAACCCAAAUGGCAAAUACAGAGUCGUUAGCACCAAAUCCAUGCCCGGAACUCGUUGGAUCAACCUCCUGAUCCAGCAAGAUUGUCGUGUUGAAAUAUGUACCCAGAAGAAAACUAUUCUGUCUGUCGAAGAUAUCAUUGCCUUAAUUGGUGAUAAGUGUGAUGGGGUUAUUGGCCAGCUGACAGAAGACUGGGGAGAAGAGUUGUUUUCCGCAUUGAGCAGAGCGGGAGGCAAAGCUUUCAGUAACAUGGCAGUUGGUUAUAACAAUGUUGAUGUCAAAGCUGCAAACAAGUACGGUGUUGCUGUUGGAAAUACUCCUGGAGUGCUGACAGAGACAACAGCAGAGUUGGCAGCUUCACUUUCUUUAGCAGCUGCUAGAAGGAUCGUUGAGGCAGAUGAGUUCAUGAGGGCUGGAUUAUACGAUGGAUGGCUUCCUCAUUUAUUUGUUGGAAACUUGCUCAAAGGACAGACUGUUGGUGUUAUUGGAGCUGGUCGUAUUGGAUCGGCUUAUGCGAGAAUGAUGGUUGAAGGGUUUAAGAUGAACUUAAUUUACUAUGAUCUGUACCAAGCCACCCGCCUAGAGAAGUUUGUCACAGCUUAUGGUGAAUUCCUGAAAGCAAGUGGUGAAAAACCAGUAACUUGGAAAAGGGCAGCAUCCAUGGAAGAGGUGCUUGUGCAGGCAGACGUUAUUAGUCUCCAUCCUAUCUUGGACAAAACCACCUAUCAUUUGGUCAACAAGGAAAGUCUUGCAAAGAUGAAGAAGGAAGCAAUUCUAAUCAACUGCAGUAGAGGGCCAGUUAUUGACGAAGUUGCUCUUGUAGAGCAUUUGAGAGAGAAUCCAAUGUUUCGAGUAGGCCUUGAUGUGUUUGAGGAUGAGCCCUACAUGAAACCUGGGCUUGCAGAAAUGAAGAAUGCCAUUGUGGUACCCCAUAUCGCGUCUGCUUCCAAGUGGACCCGAGAGGGAAUGGCGACACUGGCUGCUCUGAAUGUUCUGGGGAAAAUUAAAGGCUAUCCAGUCUGGUCUGAUCCAAACAGGGUGGAACCUUUCCUCAAUGAGAAUGCUCCUCCUCCAGCUGCAUGUCCUAGCAUUGUUAAUGCCAAAGCCCUGAGUUUGCCAGUUUCAAAGCUGUAAGAUGCACGCAUGCCGUUGAUCCUGCGAGGGCCUUCAAGAGCAAAAAGUGAACAAAAUUUUGUAUGUUGAGUUGGGCUCGGGGUAACAUGAUCGAAAUAAUUACCUUAGGAGAGCUCUGGCAUGUGUCUCUACUUUAUGUUUGACUGAUGACAGUCUAUGUACAACUUCUGUUUUAUAAUACUGGCUUCAUCUGCUUGUUAUAUUAUUUUCAAGGAUUAAGCAUGAAUGAAGUUAUGACUUGGGGAAUAUAGUAAAAAAAUAUAAAAGAAAGAAAAACAGGUAUCUUUUCCUUCA